UUUGAACAUCAGUUUGGGACAUUUUACUAAACUCAUUGUCAACAAAGUGAACCAACUUUCAGUGUUACUUAAAAGCGGACUAAACUUCAUAUCCAACGGACUUUAUCGUGAUAAAAUUUCAAUCAACGGGUUCUUAUUGAAUCAACCGACUCGAUGGCUGAACCAAGUGUGUAUUUAAUCUCACCUCCAGCCUCUUCCAUAUCCAACUUUUCACCUUUACCGUCAACCUCACCAAGUCUACUUUCAUCGCCUUUCUCGCCUUUAUCAUCUUGCUCAUCUUCAUCUUCUUCAUCCUACUCAUUCCAUGGCACAACCAUAACUUCAUCUUUAAACUCAUCAUCUUCAUCAAUGGGACCAACUCGACCCUUCCGUGAACUAUCCUUAACUCCUUUAAUACCCUACACACAGUCUCCUUUGACCAUAAGCUCAUUAAACCAUCAACCAUUGACACCUUCAUCAACUUCAAUGUUUGACUCUAUGAUGGGUGAUAACGAGGAUGAUGAAGAUGAUGAUCUUGACGAGGAAAUUUCGAUCAUGGUUAAAGAAGAGCAACAAAAAUCAUUCAAUAACAUCAUUAACAAUAAUAAUAACAUUAAGAGUGAUCAUGGUAAUUGCAACAAUAGUGAUAAACGAUCCAAAGGAACUAAAACUCGAAGAACCAGAGCAAGAAGUCCAACUUUGGUAAACAAAUUGAAGCGUAAUCGUCGGGUAAAAGCAAAUGACCGGGAACGUAAUCGUAUGCACAGUUUAAAUCAAGCACUGGAAACUCUUCGCAAGAUUUUACCGACAGCCUCGGAAGACACUAAACUAACUAAAAUUGAGACACUUCGAUAUGCUCAUAAUUACAUUUGGGCGCUUUCAGAGACGAUAAGGCUUCUUGACUCGACGAGGCCUUAAAUAAUAUUUUGAUUAUUUUGAUUAAUAUUGUAAUAAUGAAUAUAAUUUAUCAUCAACUUCAUCCCUGCUAAUAAUAAAUAUUGACAAACUUUUUCUUUUUUAAUUGUAACAAUUAUACACUAUCAAUAAUAAUGAAAUU